GUCCAGGUGGCCAAUUAACCGCAAACGUUCUAAGCAAAAAGUAAUAGCAAAUAAAAAAUAAAUUUAAAAAAAACAAUGGGUGAACGUUAUAACAUACACAGUCAAUUGGAGCAUCUGCAGAGCAAGUAUAUUGGCACUGGACAUGCGGAUACCACCAAAUUCGAGUGGCUGACAAAUCAACACCGCGAUUCACUGGCCAGCUAUAUGGGACAUUAUGACAUGCUAAAUUAUUUCGCCAUAGCCGAGAACGAAUCGAAAGCAAGAGUACGGUUUAAUCUCAUGGAACGCAUGUUGCAGCCUUGUGGACCACCGCCAGAAAAAUUAGAAGAUUGAAACAAUAAAUAUUAAAAUAUAGGCAUUUUCUAUAUGAAAA